GCAGAAUGGAAGCAUCCUGCUUGGAACUGGCCCUGGAAGGAGAGCGCUUGUGCAAGGCUGGGGACUUCAAAGCCGGGGCAGCCUUCUUCGAAGCAGCGGUGCAGGUGGGGACAGAGGACUUGAAGACUCUCAGUGCCAUCUACAGUCAGCUGGGCAAUGCCUAUUUCUACCUAAAGGAGUACUCCAAGGCCCUGGAGUACCAUAAACACGACCUUACUCUGGCCAGAACCAUCGGGGACCGCAUUGGAGAAGCCAAGGCAAGCGGCAACCUCGGGAACACACUGAAAAUACUUGGGCAGUUUGAUGAAGCUGUCGUUUGUUGCCAGAGACACUUGGACAUUUCUCAGGAGCAGGGAGACAAGGUAGGUGAAGCCAGAGCACUCUAUAAUAUAGGAAAUGUUUACCAUGCAAAGGGAAAGCACUUAUCUUGGAACACGGCCCAAGACCCAGGCUACUUGCCUCAAGAAGUCAAGGAGACGCUACAGAAAGCUUCGGAAUUCUAUGAGAGGAACCUGUCCCUGGUGAAGGAGCUGGGGGACAGAGCUGCGCAGGGCCGUGCUUAUGGCAACCUCGGCAACACCCAGUACUUACUCGGCAACUUCAGCGAAGCUAUAGCCUUCCACAAGGAGCGCCUUGCUAUUGCGAAGGAGUUUGGGGACAAGGCAGCCGAGCGGAGAGCGUACAGCAACCUGGGCAAUGCGCACAUCUUCCUUGGGAGGUUUGACAUCUCUGCCGAGUACUACAAGAAAACGCUCCAGCUCUCCAGACAACUCAAAGACCAAGCAGUAGAAGCCCAGGCUUGCUACAGUCUUGGAAACACGUACACGCUGCUUCAAGACUAUGAAAGAGCAAUCGAGUACCAUCUAAAACACCUGGUGAUAGCACAGGAGCUGGGAGACAGGGUGGGAGAAGGAAGAGCCUGCUGGAGUCUCGGAAAUGCCUAUGUCUCCCUGGGGAGCCAUGAACAAGCUUUGCACUUUGCAAGGAAACAUCUUGAGAUCUCCCAAGAGAUCGGGGACCGGAAUGGUGAGCUGACAGCGCAGGUGAACAUGGCCCAGCUCAAGGCGACCCUCGGCUUGGGCCCUGGGGAUGAGGACACGGGUACAGCUCAUCACUAUUCUGGCUAUGAAGCACAAGGAGCCAGGCCAAAGAGACUCCAAAGGAACAGCAUGGACAGCUUAGACCUCCUGAAGUUCACUUCUGAAAAGGACCAGAAUGGGGACAGCCAUCAUGUGGGAGACCUGAAGAUCUCUGGAAAAGAGUUCUUGUCAUUACCUGCGAGGUCAAAGAAAUACCGGGAGCACCAGUCCAGUUCAGACAGAAAGUCCCAGGGGUCGAGUACAUCGCCAUUGGAUACCAGCGAAGUCAGAGUCCAAGUGUCACAGUCGAACAAUGGUACCAACCUCCAUCAUGAACCGGUUUAUGGGAGCUUGGUAUUUAGCAGUGGUAUUUGUAACCUUCUCUUGAAGAGCGGGAGUCUAGACCUGAACGUUCCUGAGUUCGGGAUUGUCAUGAUGUGA